GCACAAAGGAGAAGUAGAGCUCUGGAGAGGGAGAUGCGUGCAGGGAAAACGUGUGUGAAGCUGUCCAAGGGAAAUACUGAGGAAAGGGAGAGAGAAGUAGACACUUGAGUGACUCAGUCAGUCAGUAAGGAAGAGAGAGAGAGAGAGAGAGAGGCCCCCCCUUUCUCUCUCAGAACCCCCCCGGACAGGAAACAGACCCUGAGGACAAACUGUCUGUGAGACACUCACAUUGUGACACACAGACGGAGAGCGGCAGUGCUCCUGUGAACACGCCUGCUGCUUUGUGGUGAGGACCUUGCGAGAGGUGGAAAAACUUAUGACAGCUUUGUUACUACAGAACUGAAGAGGACACAAACAAAAAAACUGAGUUUUGACAAACAGAUUUCUCCGUUUGCCAUUGGAGACAUCUCUCUAACGGACCUAAAUGUGGAUACGCCAUCGUUUCUUUUGUAGACUAAGCAGCGCGUGGUAAUUGAGGACUUGUGGAGCGAAAAGGAGACACAAACCAAAGCCUGCAACUUGUGGGGUGCAGCCUGGUGGAGAGACAGGGCAGGGGGAGGGGAGGACACUCCGGCCUGAAUCUCUCAUGUCCUUUGGAAGGGGUCUUUUCAUUAAGAGGUAACCCCCCACCCUCAAGAUGGCUACAUCGAGAAAGAGAAGGGCUCAUGUUGGCCAUGUGCAGCCGUCCUAACAUUGACAGACGUGUUGGAAAGAAACCUUUGUACCCGGGGCCUGAAUUGUCAGAUGACAGAGUGUCUUUCGAUGCGUCCUGGUGUAGGACUGUUCUGUGCUUUACUCUCCACUCAUGGUGAAUUCAUUGAGCAGGGCAGCCCUUUUUGUUAUAUAGCUAUAACAUAACAAACACCCAUCAUCCUCUCAGGCUCUCAGAAUGUACAGCAAUACAAACCACACCUGUGACAAGAACGAUGGUUUCAAGUACCCGUUGUACAGUACCAUCUUCAGCAUUGUGUUUGUGGUGGGACUGAUCACCAAUAUCGUGGCCAUGUACAUAUUUGUCUGCUCCCUGAAGCUGAGGAACGAGACCACGACCUACAUGAUGAACCUGGUGGUGUCUGACCUGCUGUUUGUCUGCACGCUGCCCCUGAGGGUCUUCUACUUCAUCAACCAGAACUGGCCUUUUGGAAGCAUGCUGUGCAAGGUCUCCGUCUCGCUCUUCUACACCAACAUGUACGGCAGCAUGCUGUUUCUCACCUGCAUCAGCGUGGAUCGCUUUCUAGCCAUUGUGCACCCUUUUCGCUCGAGGGCGCUCAGGACCAAGCGCAAUGCUAAGAUGGUGUGUGUUGCUGUGUGGGUGUUGGUGCUGUCUGGGAGUCUCCCCACAGGCUUCCUGUUGGAUUCCACCUCACAGGAGAACAGCACGACCAACGCCACUUUCUGCUUUGAGAACUUCUCCUCCAAGCAGUGGAAAGCACACCUGUCCAAGGUGGUGAUCUUCAUAGAGACAGUGGGCUUCAUCAUCCCGCUUCUGCUCAACGUCUGUUGCUCCAUCAUGGUGCUGCACACCCUGCGUCGCCCCCAAACCAUCAGCCGUGGCGGGAAGCUGAACAAAACCAAGAUCCUGCGCAUGAUACUUGUGCACCUCUUUAUUUUUUGUUUUUGCUUUAUCCCCUACAAUGUAAACUUGGUUUUCUAUGCUCUGGUUCGCACUAACACGUUAACAGGCUGCUCUGCGGAGUCGGUGGUCCGGACGAUCUACCCGAUAGCCCUCUGCAUCGCUGUGUCCAACUGCUGCUUUGAUCCCAUUGUUUACUAUUUCACUUCGGAGACCAUCCAGAACUCCUUCAAGAGGAAGUCUCAAGUCAGCCGUACCUAUGACGCCAAGUUCUCAGAGGCCCUGCAGUCAGAAACCAGCUCCAACUUGCAGUGCAGCCUGAGGACUCUCAAGGCUAAAGUCUUUCACGGUGAGUCUUCAGUGUAAGUCUGGGGUUGCUUCAGUCAGCAUGAAAGGUGUUAAAUCCCCCCCCCCCCCCCAUAGAAAAACAAACCUCUUUCAGACAAUGGGAAUUUGGGCUUUCAUGGAUUGAAGCACCCGCCAAAGAGGUCUUCUCUGUCUUCAUCUCAGGACAAAUGUUUGGACUUGUCUUCGACAGCCUCUGCUCUGCAGUGUUACUGCUACAUUGACCCUUUGUUCCCAUCUGUGGAUGUCUUAUUACUACUAACUAAUUUCCCUUUCCUGUGGAAUAUUUUGUAAUUGUGUUAGGCACAAUUACUCUGAAAUGAACCUGGAGGGAGAUGUGAUCACUGACCAGCAGGACAGUGGGGAUGUUGAAUGUGUGCCUGUAUAUUUGUACAUUUCAGUGGUAAGUUGAGGUGCUUACUUUAGAAUGGUAUCUAUUAAAUUAACAUAAAGUUAUAUCAAGCAAUAGAUUGUACAGGGCUUCUUUUUUAAAUUUUAAAUUACAAAUAGGUCACAGAAGUGCCUUUUGGUUCUGGCACCAAUCCAUUGUCCACUCAAUGUCUUUAUUGUCUGUUAAAUGCACUGACACAGAAUUCCACUGCACUCAAGCUACAGUAAAUGAAUAAAAGUCAUGUACUGUUUAAAA